GGUGGAGGGAGUGGUGGCUGCGGACAGAGUCACAGGAUUGGUAGAGUUCAGCGCCAAACUUGUUGACUCAUAACUGAGCAGCUCCUCUCUAUCCUUCACGGCGCGGAGCUGUCCAGGGCCAGUGGUGCUGAAACUGCCAGCGCCGUUGGAGUAAUUUUUUCCCCCCAGUUUGAUUGCCGAGCCGAGCCUUUGAAAGUUACAUGCGCUUUGGUUUAAGCGUCACUUAACGGAUAUUUAUCCACCGUCACUGCUCUUUUCGACUUCUCAGCCGAUCAAUUAGAGGACUCUCCGAGGCGCAGCCAUGGCUUUCAUGGUAAAACACAUGGUAGGAGGACAGCUGAAGAACCUGACAGGCGGACUGACGGAGGAGAAACCCGAAGCAGAGAAAUCAGAUGCCGCUGCGCAGGGGAUGACUCAAGAGGAAUUUGAACAAUAUCAGCAACAGUUAGAGGAGGAAAAACAAGAACGAGAAGCCAAUUUUGCCCAGAAGAAAGCUGAGAGAGCCACCAUUAGAAGUCAUUUCCGGGACAAGUACAGACUACCAAAGAACGAAUUAGAUGAGACCCAGAUUCAGCAGGCGGGGGACGACGUGGUGUUGCCCACAGAGCUGGCCAAGAUGAUUGCUGAGGACAACCAGGAGGAAACGCACAAGCAGUCGGUGUUGGGCCAGCUGUCCAACAUCCAGAACGUGGACAUCGACCAGCUGAAAGACAAAGCCCAGGCCACACUGGACGACCUCAAAAAGCAGACAGAGAAUUGCAGUCUCAUGUGAUCUGGCCAACUCUAAGUCCCAGAAGAUUAGAGUUUUACUUGUACAAAUAUUUUUCAAAGGCAGAGCUGCUCUGGAGGUAAACAUAUUCUUAUUGCUUUAGUGGAAUGCCAGUUGGCAGUGCCACAUAACAGUUUUUAUAGCUGUGCAAAGUUUGA